AUGGAAGAAGAAACAGAGCUUCAGUUGAGCAGAUUGUCCCUGUCAGAGAGUGCGGGCAGCGGGUCGCUGGCGGAGGAAACCGACGACGAUUGCGACAGUUUAACGGGGAGCGGGGAAGCAGAGAUAACAGAUGAACUUCCUGAAUCUGUUUUAUCAUAUUUGCAAAUAGUUAAGCAAAGGAGUGAAGAUGCGGAAAAGCUGAUAUUGGAAGACUUGGAAACUACAGACGUUUGGUUAAGUAAUUCUCUUCCAGACAAUUCUAAUCAUUUUAUAGACAUUGAAUCUGAUUAUUUGACUGAACUGGCUUUUGAGUACAGUGAAGAACCAGAAGCACUUAAGAAACGGGUAUUGGCAGACCUAGAGGAAGACGACAGAAGAACUCUGUCUAGUUGUGAUAUUACUGAAAAAGAUAAUGCAGAUGUGAAAACUGAAGAAAAUGCUGUGCCUGCAGAUAUAUUAGGCAGUGACAAGGAUAUAAGCUUUUGCUAUAUUGAGGUGGAGAAAAGCUGUAGACAGAAACUGCAACAGUGGGAAAAGGAACAUCGGAGACAUAAUGAAAUGGAAAGAGCUUCACUCAGUACUCAGAGAGCAAUUCUAGAGAAAGAGAUCAAAGAACAAGAUGAAAAGCAAGAAGAUUGGAGAAAGACGUUUGAGAAAGAACACUUAGUGCUGAAUACUCUACAAAAAGAGAAACAGGAGAAACUUGAAUCAGAAUUAAAGAAAAACAGUGAGUCAUGGGAAGAAGAGCUAAAAAAUCAUCAGAAUCUCAUUAACAAAAUGGAGACAGAUUUGAUUAAAGAGAGAAACACCUUUGAGGAACAGAUGGCUACAGCCAAAAAACAUUUGGAGGAAUUGCAGUGUAAAUCAGCUGUUAAAAUCCAGGCAGCAUUCAGAGGACACCAAAUAUUGAAAAAGUAUUCACCAAUAUUAAAGCAGAAAAGAGAGGAUAGGAAAAGUAAGGAAGAACUAAAGCAAAAAAUGGAUAUUGAAAGAAAAAAAUUGGAAGACAAAAUAAAGUUUAAACUUGAGGAGAAAACCCGAAGGGAGGAAGAGAAAAAACGUAAUGAAGAAAUAGUCAGAAAAAGAAUGGAAGAAUCCAAAAGACAAGAAUAUCUAGAACAGCAAAUGCGGCAGAGAGAAUAUGAGAAGAAGAAAAAUGAAGAGAAACUGAGAUUGGAGAAAGCAAAAAUUGUAAAAGAGGAAUCAAGAAAUAAAAUAGAAAUUGAUAUCACAAAUACUUCCAAGACCAAAAGCCCAGCUGAAGUUAUUGCACAAAAGGUUGAACAUGAUCAUCUCCCUCUAAAAAUAGCUAAGAAAGAACAAAAGGAAUUAGGGAAAUCUGAGAUGCAACAACAAGAAAUAAAAGACAAAAGGAAAGAAUCCAAUGACAAUUAUUUAGCAUGCGCUGAUCAUUCUUCAUCGGUACAGAAUUUAGAGCUAAAUGAAACACAGAAGAAUUUAGUAAAUGAAAAUAAAUCUAUUAUUUUAGGUGAGCAAUCACUAAAGGAGAUUGUGGAUACUGGAGAGCACAUUCCAAAUACCCAGUCUGUUUUAAGCUAUAUAGAAGAACAUGGCAUGCAGUCCUUGUCACAGCCUGAACCCGAGCCUCAACUGUGCUCAAUCAGUGAAAUUGAACAUGCUAACCCAAAUGUAGAGGAGAUUUCUGCAAACACACAAAAUGAAACUCCCAUUGUAUCCAUGACAAGAUCUCUUUUCUUGCUGGAUCACAUUGAGGAAAAGAGACUAGCAUGGAUGAAAUCCUUCAAGCCGUGGGCUAGAGUUUUAAGGGAUAGCAACAAAAAGAAUGUGGUUAGACAGACAAGACAAAGGAGAAGAUCUUCAGCAAAGAAAUUACCUCCGUUAAAGGAGAGCCUCAUCUUUCAAAACAAUCCUUGGCAUGACAUGCAACAGGUUACAACACUGACUCUUAGUGACUUGUCUGGAUGCAGUCUUUCUACAUUGUCACAAUGUGUAAAUCUGAAAUAUCUGUCUCUGACACGCUGUAGAUUAACCGCACUUGAUGGUUUAAGUAGCUGCAAAGAACUACAAUACAUAGAUGUGCAGGAAAACUGCAUUAAUGUAAUUAAUUGUGAAGAUUUGGAGAAUCUAACUGUACUGUUAUUGAGCAAGAACCAAAUUACUGCAAUUCAUGGACUGGACAAUUGCACAAACCUUAUGAAUCUGGAAUUAUCAUUUAACUUAAUAACCAGAAUUGGUGGAAUAGAACCUCUCCUAAAUCUACAGCGGUUAGUUUUGGAUCACAAUCAGCUAAUUUCAACUAAAGGUCUUGAAGCCACUCCUAUGCUUACAUAUUUGGACUGUUCCUAUAACUAUCUCACUGAACUUGAAGGGAUUCAGAACUGUGGUUUGAUGCAGUUUCUCAAGUUACAAGGGAACAACCUGUCUGAGAUUCCAAAAUUGGACAAUCAUGUGCUCCUGAGAGAAAUAUAUUUGGAUGAUAACAACAUAAAUACAUCGAAAGUAAUGUCAUCAUAUUGGUUACCCUUGUUACAGGUUUUUUCAGUAUCUCAGAACAGCCUGGUCCAUCUUGCGCAGUUUAACACCUUUGUUUCAUUGGAAGAUUUGGACAUAAGUAAUAACUGCUUAUCAGACUUACAGUCCAUUACACCGUGUAUGGAAGGGUGUGCCAGUAUACACAGACUGUCACUAGGCAAGAAUCCAUUCCUGCAAGAAUCUAACUGGAGAUGCACUUUAUUAAAAAUAUUGCCUACGUUGAACUUCCUUAAUGAUGAAGAAAUAGCUCAUGAAGAUUAUACACGUCACCAACCUGUUUCAGGAAGCUUCCUGGCACUUUGUCAGUCUCAGAUUUUUAAUAUCCAUAGAUUAUGGAGAACUCUAAAUUGUCAACAAAGUGCACUUUCAUCUUUGGAAACACUAGAAAUGUACUGUAACACUUUGAAGGAAAUAUUAAAGCUCAGCCAAGAACAUAGAUAUGCACACGAGUAUGGUGACACGGAUGCUGCUGAUAGAGAUGAUCCAGAAACGCUCAGAAAACACACAAGUCAACCAGACUCUGCCAUGCGUCAGCAUAAUAGUGCUAUUAUCAAUGGUGGACAUGAAGAAAGACAGAUCACACUCCAGCAAGUUCACCCAUUGCCGGAAGACUCAUUUUUAAAUAGUGAACAAGAUCAAGUGAAGAACACAAGAAGCCUAAACACCCAGUCCCAGCAAACAGAAACUGCUAAAACUGAGAAAUGUUCCAGCAACUCAAGAAAAACUUUAAUUUGUUCUCAGCCUGUGGAAAACAGAGAACUCUCUGCUGCAAUUGUAAUCCAGUCUCAGUGGAGAGGGUAUGUGGUCCGCAGAGAUAUCUCUUAUUAUGCAAAACUUCAUGACGCUGCUUUUGUGAUACAAUCGGCAUGGCGCUACUAUUGCUGUCGGAAAAAAUCUUUACAAAAGAAGCACUGUGCAAAGACUGAAUCAUCAGAGAUAAGAAAAUAUUCUGCCACAGUAAUACAGGCAGCUUGGAAAGGUUUCUUCUUGAGAAAAAAAUUGGCUGCUGCUUUUGCUGCUAUUGAAAGAGAAGAACUAGAAGAUGACUUUGAAGAAGUGAAUUUGGAUGAAUUUAUAUUUGAUGAAAAUGUUUUGGAAAAAAGCUGGUCACUAGAUUCUACCAAUUCCCAUUAUGGAGCUACACAUCUUUCCAGUAAACCAGAACAAGCAAAGAAAAGUGGCAUUUCAGAAGGUCGAGAUCAGUCAUUACCAUGGUUCCCACAAGAAGCCUGGUCAGCUUCGAAAGCUCAUACAGUAGACAGUGGACAUAAAGCUAAAAGAGAAAACCUCAACAGCAGGUCGGAGAAACAAAAUCUGUCACAUGUGUCUAGCAUGAAGUCCAAUAUUGACGUUUCCUUCAAGUCGGAGAAAGAAGAAAAAAUUUCCCAGGAGUGGGGGUUUAAAGAUGCAUCUACUGCACAGAUGAUGCUGAAAAGAGCCCAGAAGAUGAAGUCCAAGCAGGCAAAAAAGAGUAAAAUGUUGGACCCAGCUGUGCGCCUGGCGUUGUUCAAAAAUAAUGAAAAUAAACAUCCUCCUGCAAAGCCACCAAAGACGGUGCAGCCAACGAAAAUAGAAUACUUUCGAGGUGCAGAAGAAGAUGUAUGUCAAUUAAAUGAUAUAACUUCUGAAUCAUUAGCAAGAAGCAGAGAAAUGACAUACCAAUGGCUUCAUACCCAAUGUGGAGAUGUAGGUACAACUAGGUCUACAGGACCUAAAUGCAAGCGUUUGCUGCCUGAAUUGAAUCAUGAAGUUUUGAAUGGGGGACGUGUUCAGCUUGUGGGUGCUGUAAGCAAAGAAGAUGAUGACUUAGAACUUCUGUCUGUGAAGUCUGGAAGUACCUUAAGUCAGAACAGAGAAAAGAAAUUGGAAACACAAAUGAACUCAGCAGCAUCUUCACACAGGAAUGUAUUUUCUCCAGUGAAAAUCAAUUCAGGACCUCAGCGGAAAGAACGCAUCUCAUUUCGAGACAAUCCAGUUCAACUCAGUGGUGGUUGGGGAGGAGGAAAAAAGAAGGGAAAGCAAUUGCCCAAAUUCUAAAGUCUAUUGAAAGUUAAAACAUUUGCAACAUCUUUCAUCUUUUUUUCACAUUUAUGUUUCUGAAGUUCAUGAUGUAAAUCUUUUAUGGAUAAAUGUGAGCCAGAUUAAGUUUCAUAUAUCCGCUCUAAAUGGAAAAAAACCGUAUCCUCCUCUUAAAUGUGCCCUUUUAAAUGCCUACCUUGUUGUACCACAAUUAUUCCCUCUAUCUUUCAAUGGUUCCCUGAUUAGGACUUUACAGACAAGAACUUUAUAGCCUUCAUAUGUCUUAAUAAUUUAAUAUUAAUACUGUUAAACUUAGAGAAGAAACUUUAAUUGUAUAUAUAAUAGUAUCAGAAUUUUAGAUUGCUUUAUAUUAUAUGCUGCAAAAAUCAUACGUUCAAAACCACCAUCAAUAUAUUUUCAAUCAGGUGGAGGUGUGUGUGUGUGUGUGUGUGUGUGUGUGUGUGUGUGUGUGUGUAUAUAUAUAUAGAGAGAGAGAGAUACUGUUUUAUAUAUAUAUGUAUAUAUGUGUGUGUGUGUGUGUGUGUGUGUGUGUGUGUGUGUGUGUGUAUAUAUAUAUAUAUAUAUAUAUAUAUCUAGAGUGUCUACACUCGCAAUAAUAAAGGCAUUAGCAGGGUGCUCCUCCUGUGGAGACUAAAAAAUAGUCCAGAAUAUCCAUAGAAAAAGAAAAAAACACUCACCACAGUUGAUGCAAAAAGCCAGAAAUUUGUUUUGAUAACUCAUCGGUGACAUACAGGAUGGUCAACGUUCUGCUAUGUCAUGAAGAUGGUCCUUAUUGGACCAAAACAUUGACCUUCUUGAGUUAUUAAAACCAACUUCUAACUUUUUUUUAACUAACUUUGAUGAGUUCCUAAUUUCUUUGUGU